CUAACACCAACCACGAGUACCAGACCAGUUGCAUACACACAUUGAAGUGCCGCUCUCGCACCUGCUCACUCAACUGUUCCAACAAAGGACCGCAACGACCAAAGAUGGCGGAAAACGAACUCAAACAGAUACUCUCACACCUCACAUCCAUCAAGUCCAACGCCGAACUCCAAAAAGCUCCCCAGCUCCUCUCGCGCGCGAAGCUCAACCUCCUCAAGCUAAAUGCACUCGUCCCAUCAGAAGAGCUGAAGCCGCAACAUCUCCCAUAUGCCCUCGCAGUUCUCGAAGCCGGCGCUCUCAUCUCGAUCCGCCUGCGCGACACGGAUUCUUUCACACGGUACUUCCAGCAACUGCAGCCGUUCUACGCCAUCCCCCGCGCUACUAGAGAGAGAUUUGGGGCGAAAGACAGUCAGGAGGGCAAGGUCACAGGGUUGUAUUUGCUGUUGUUGUUAAGCGUGGGAGAUUAUGCUGGCUUUCAUACCGUGCUCGAGGGAAUUGAAGUUUCUGGGAGUGGAAUCGAGAAGGAUGAAUUUGUGAAGUAUCCGGUCAGGCUGGAGCAGGCUCUGAUGGAGGGUUCUUACGAUAAAGUGUGGGCAGAGACGACGGGCGAGAGGGUGCCGAGCGAGGAGUUUGGGGUAUUCAGUGAGGUCCUCAUCGACACCAUCAGGUCAGAGAUCGCUUCAUGCUCAGAGCGUGCGUACCCUUCGCUGCCCAUCUCAAACGCCAAGAACUUGCUGUUCUUGGAUUCCGAGGGUGCUGUCAUCCACUUCGCGCAGUCAAGAGGCUGGGUAGCCAAGGACGGACGUAUAUACUUUCCCGCACAGGAGGCAGAUGCGCUCGCUGCGGAGAAGGAUGUCAUGAGCAAUAGCGACGUGGUUAUUGAGAACACACUGGGCUACGCAAGAAAGCUCGAGACGAUUGUGUAGAAGUAUUCAUUCCAUGGAGGUCAAGAGCAAGAAUUCUGUAAGAUGGUGGUGCGUAUAGGAACAGCGCUGCUUGAGCGAUGCGCGCCUUGCUGUGCUGUGCUACGAAAGCCAGUAUAGAGUAUGCUUCAUGAGAAGCAAUGAGUAAUGCAUACAACUUGUACC